AGGAAAACAUGUAUGUCACAUUACGUCAAAAUUUCAGUUUAAAAUAGGUACAAUAUGUCUUUGUAAAAUUUCUUGUGCCCAAAAAGCAAAAUAAAAUUUAUAUAUCUUUAAGUUGUAAUUUUAGCACGUACCCACAUGGAUGUCGGAUUAACACCUGUAACCCUAAAAACGGAAUACACGGGUGCCCCAGUAGCUAACAAGGUAAAAUAUAACCCGAAUUACCGAAUAGAUCACUUCAAUGAAUAUAGAAAUGAAGUUUUGUCCCGCGUCCCCAAUGUUCAUUACGAAUGGGGCAAUGUCUCGAGCGUUUACACCCCAACUCCCGAUGUUUCAGUCUACAAAAGUACAUUGAAAUACAACAACUUCCAAAAAUCAGAGUUUAGCGUUAUUGACAGGCAGAGAUCAAAAGAAGUCGAUGAUUAUUACUUAAUGUGUCAGUUGCACCGAGAUCAAUACAAAGAUACGUCAGGUAGUCUACAUCCUUUAAAUUAUUUCAAGAAAGCGGACUACUUGUAUCAAUGUCCAUCAGAUCCUACCAGCGCCUACAUGAAACAUCCAGAAUAUUAUGUUAAAUAUCGCCAACCUAUAGUACUGCCUUUGACCUUGGAACGGUCCCUCAAAACUCCCAUGCUGCCUGAAAGAGCCUUAACUGGACGAUACAACACUAGUAGUGAUAUUUCCUAUAAGCGAUAAAUUAUUUAACCAAGAUUUAAACAAUUAACAUUUAUUUAAGUUAAACAUUUUUAUGCAUUUCUUCUAUUAAAAGGUUUUAAAUAAAAA